CCCCGGUACCAGUGCCCCCAGUGCUGGUGUCCCCAGUGCUGGUGUCCCUGGUACCACUGUCCCCAGUGCUGGUGUCCCUGGUGCCGCUGUCGCUGCCCGCCAGGCCGGCAGUGCAGAGCUGUGUUGUCGUGGCACCUCCGGGACGCCCCUCACCGCCGCUGUGUCCCCCGCUGUCCCCAGGCCCCCACGCUGCCGCUGCCCGCCUUCCCUGCCACCGAGGAGGACGAUGGCGCCGACACCGAGCCGGACACACGGGCCAUGGUGCAGGCCCAGAACCAGAAGAAGAAGAAAUCCGGUGGCUUCCAGUCCAUGGGCCUCAGCUACCCUGUCUUCAAGGGCAUCAUGAAGAAGGGCUACAAGGUGCCCACCCCCAUCCAGAGGAAGAGCAUCCCCGCCAUCCUGCGCGGCCGGGACGUGGUGGCGAUGGCGCGGACAGGCAGCGGGAAGACGGCCUGCUUCCUCAUCCCCAUGUUCGAGCGGCUGAAGGCGCCCAGCCAGGCCGGGGCACGCGCCCUCGUCCUCUCGCCCACCCGCGAGCUGGCCCUGCAGACCCUGAAGUUCACCAAGGAGCUGGGCAAGUUCACAGGCCUGAAGACAGCCCUGAUCCUAGGAGGGGAUAAGAUGGAGGACCAGUUCGCUGCCCUGCACGAGAACCCUGACAUAAUCAUCGCCACCCCCGGGCGCCUGGUGCACGUGGCGGUGGAGAUGAAACUGAAGCUGCACACCGUGGAGUACGUGGUGUUCGACGAGGCCGACAGGCUCUUCGAGAUGGGCUUUGCCGAGCAGCUCCAGGAGAUCAUCGCCCGGCUCCCAGACUGCCACCAGACCGUCCUCUUCUCCGCCACGCUGCCCAAGCUGCUUGUCGAGUUUGCCCGGGCUGGUCUCACCGAGCCAAUGCUGAUCCGCCUGGAUGUGGAGUCCAAGCUCAGCGAGCAGCUCAAGCUGGCUUUCUUCCACGUGCGUGGGGACGACAAACCGGCCGUGUUGCUCCACCUGCUCCGGAGUGUGGUAAAGCCUCAGGACCAGACGGUCAUCUUCGUGGCCACCAAGCACCACACAGAGUAUCUCAAGGAGCUGCUGACAGCCCAGGGCAUCCGCUGCACACACAUCUACAGCUCACUGGACCAGACUGCCCGCAAGAUCAACAUCGCCAAGUUCGCCCAGGGCAAGUGCCCGGUGCUGCUGGUCACCGACGUGGCCGCCCGUGGGCUCGACAUCCCCAUGCUGGACAAUGUCAUCAACUACAGCUUCCCCGCCAAGGCCAAGCUGUUCCUGCAUCGUGUCGGUCGCGUGGCCCGAGCUGGCCGGAGCGGCAUUGCGUACUCGCUGGUGGCUCCCGACGAGAUGCCCUACGUCUUCGACCUCCACCUCUUUCUGGGGCACCCGCUCGUCCUUGCCGCUGCCCAGAUGCCCGCUGAUGCCGGCGGGGUCCUGGGCCGCGUCCCCCAGAGCCUGGUGGACGACGAGGAGUGCCUGCUGCUGACGGACCACGAGGGCUCGCUGGAGCUGCGGAGCCUGCGCCGCGUCGCCGAGAACGCCCACAAGCAAUAUCUGCGACCCCUGCAGCCCCACGGAGACUUUCUCCAUCACGCUCCCCACAACCCCAGCACUGCUCGUGGCGCCUGGGCCAGAAUCCUGAACUGGUACUGGAGUCUGCCACAGGCAUGGAGAGGAGUGGGCUACUGGGACCUCCUUCCCCAGCUCUGCCUGCGCUGGGUGCCACCUUGUUAA